AGCCAAUGAGCGGAGCGUCUGCGAGCUGCCGGAGCGCUGGGUCCCUGCGCGGCGCGGCGCGGCUCGGCGGCGGCGGGGGGGGAAGCUGCUGAAGCGGCAGCUCAAGACAUUCCGGCACUCGGCGGAGCGCCGGCGGCUUCGCCGUGUGGAGGGGCUGCAGCGGGGCGCCCGGCUCGGAGCGCGGGAGAAGAACGUGAGGGACGGGAGGUGGCGCUGCCGCUGCCCGGGCACAGGUGCUGCUGCUGCUCCGGGCGGGAGGAAAGCAGCUGCUGCUGCUGCUGCUGCUGCUCCCGCUCUGCGGGCGGUAGGGGUGCGACGUGCCCCCCGAGCAGCGCCGCCCGCAGGGGAUAUACCGGCCGCUUGGCCUCCGUUUCCCGUGAGGAGCCGGCUCCCAGGUCGCGCCGGAUUCAGCGGGGAGCGGCGGGAGCUGGACGCCCUGGCGCUGCGGGCGAGGAGGAGGUCGCUCAUCAGAGGCACCUGGGCAGCCAGAUUUUGGCGGUUAUGGCGCAUCUUACAGCAGUGAGUGGUAUAAUGGGCUGCAGGUUGGAUGAAUUACAGUCAUCUGCAACAUGACAUACAAUACCAAACUUCUUCCUUGUCAUUGCCUAUGUGCUGACACAGUACUGGUUUUGUAUCCAAAAGAAGAGUUCCCAGAACUGCACAGUGCCUGAUCCAAACAAACACUUUGAUGUUCCUAGCUGGACUACGUAGACUAUGUCAAAAAGUCACAAUGAUCCUGCACAAUAACACUACAGUCUCCCCCUUGUUUUCAAAUGUGAGCUUCUUCUGGAAUAGAGAUUCCCAGGGAACAGGGCUUCUUGAGGAUGCAACAUCAGUCAUUGGCAGUUAUGACUUCCCUCAGACAACUGAGAGUUUUCCCUUCGCUACUGUGGAAACAGCCAAUAGGUCAGUAGAUGGCAUGAACAAAGAUCCUCUGGGUGGACACACACUCUGGCAAGUAGUUCUCAUUGCCUUCCUCACGGGCAUCCUCGCACUGGUGACCAUCAUAGGAAACAUCCUGGUGAUUGUGGCAUUUAAAGUUAACAAACAACUUAAAACAGUCAACAACUACUUCCUGCUGAGUCUUGCAUGUGCAGAUUUGAUCAUCGGUGUUAUUUCAAUGAACCUUUUCACCACAUAUAUCAUCAUGGACCGCUGGGCUUUGGGAAGUUUGGCCUGUGAUAUGUGGCUCUCCAUCGACUAUGUAGCCAGCAACGCCUCUGUCAUGAAUCUCCUUGUCAUAAGUUUUGACAGGUAUUUUUCCAUCACCAGGCCCCUUACAUACAGAGCUAAACGAACAACCAAAAGGGCCGGAAUGAUGAUAGGCUUAGCUUGGGUCAUCUCGUUCAUUCUUUGGGCCCCUGCCAUCUUGUUUUGGCAGUAUUUUGUUGGGAAAAGAACUGUGCCUCCUGAUGAAUGUUAUAUCCAGUUUCUAAGUGAACCUGUCAUCACUUUCGGCACUGCCAUAGCUGCCUUUUAUUUGCCAGUCACCAUUAUGACUAUUUUAUACUGGAGGAUCUACAAGGAGACGGAGAAACGCACCAAAGAGUUAGCAGGGCUACAGGCCUCGGGCAGCAAAGCUGAGGCAGCUCGCUUCAUUUGCCAAACUGGCAGCUCCAGAAGCUGCAGCAGCUAUGAGCUGCAACAGCAGAGUGUGAAGCGCUCCGCCAGAAGGCAAUACGGCCGAUGCCACUUCUGGCUUACAACAAAGAGCUGGAAACCCAGCCGGGAUCAGGGGGACCAGGAGCACAGCAGCAGCGAUAGCUGGAACAACAACGAUGCCGCUGCUUCUCUCGAAAACUCUGCCUCCUCUGAUGAAGAAGACAUUGCCACGGAGACGAGGGCCAUUUAUUCCAUUGUGCUGAAGCUUCCUGGUCACAGCACCAUCCUCAACUCCACUAAACUACCCUCAGCUGACGACUUGAAUGGGUCAGGGGACGACUUGCAGAAAUCCGACAUGGGGUCAAAGGAGAGGAACCCUAAAAGGUUGCACUCUCAGAAAAGUGUGGAGGACGGAGGGAACUUUCACAAGAGCUUUUCUAAGCUUCCAGUUCAGCCAGGGUCAGCAGUCGAAGCAGCCAAGGUUUCUGAUGGCAUUCCGUCAAUGACUAAGACAUCCGCAGCCCUGCCUUUAUCCUUCAAGGAAGCAACCCUGGCCAAAAAGUUUGCCUUGAAGACCAGAAGUCAGAUCACCAAGAGAAAACGAAUGUCGCUUAUCAAAGAAAAGAAAGCAGCACAGACGCUCAGUGCUAUUUUGUUUGCCUUCAUCAUCACCUGGACACCAUACAACAUCAUGGUGCUGGUGAACACCUUUUGUGAUAGCUGUAUCCCCAAAACAUUUUGGAACCUGGGGUACUGGCUUUGUUACAUCAAUAGCACAGUGAACCCUAUGUGCUACGCAUUGUGUAACAAAACAUUCAGAACCACUUUCAAGAUGUUACUGCUGUGCCAGUGUGACAAACGGAAGCGACGCAAACAGCAGUAUCAGCAGAGGCAGUCAGUCAUUUUUCAUAAGCGGAUCCCCCAGGAGACUUCAUAGAAUAGUAUUUUUAACAAAAAAAAAAACAAACUAUCAAAGGGCAUGUGGGAGGGGGAGUGGUUCCAGGGUGCUGAUACAAACCUUUCAUCAUCAAGAUGUGAGAGCAGCUGCCAGGCUUAUAUAUCCUUUUAAUAAAUCCAGUUUAAUAUUAAAAUCAAAUCUGCAUUAAGCAAAAACAAACAGACUUCAAGGUUUUUUAUUAAGGAAAUGAAAGACUUUAAUAAAGUUUUCCUACAAAAUUACAAGAAGCUGUAGAGCAAUUAUGAACCCGUUACUGAUCAGCCCAGUUUUUUUGGUUGUAAUCACCUCUGGGAUCUCAGGUAAGCACAUCUAGCUAGUCCAGUUCCAGCUGUUUCCAAGGAAUCAACAGGUUUCAAUUCAACUCACAUGUGGAUACAGCAAGCUAGUUAAACAUUGUUAUGAAAUUAUUUAAAACACUGUAUAGGUUGCAAAACUGUUUCUUGUUGUCCCAGUAAACCUUCUUGUCUCCUCUUUUGGUGUGAUUCUCCUUGUAGCCCUGAUUCUUGAACCUUACAGAGUAUCUAUUUGUGCAGCUCAUGUUAUGUGUGUGUGUGUGUGUGUGUGUGAAUGCACAAGUUACACUCACACUCCACCAUUUAUAUAUAUAAAUAUGCCAGGAAAGAAGUGAUCUAUCAAUCUAAAUUCUUACAUGGGUCCCUAUCAUUGUGGUAUGUGAGUGAAAUAUAUGAUUUGACAAAUUAGUCUGUAAAUGUAAAUUUAUUUUGUUAUUUUCAAAUUGAAAUUAUAGUGUAUAUUUGAAAACAUAAAAUGCACACCAUUUAGAAAGAGAUAAAUAAGUGCUACUUGUGAUCCAAAUGCUGUCCACAGAUUAUUGCUAUGGGACAUAUGCCAACCUAAUACAGAGAUGCAGCCAGAUAAAAUUUAAUACAGAGAUGCAGCCAGAUAAAAUUCUGUAUGUAUGCAGUACCGUAUUUCAGUCCAAGUGAUAAUGCCUCCUCAGAAGCAUUGGCUACUGAGCUCAAAGUUGAGCAUAGAAUUCUGGAAUCUGUAGUCUCUGCAAGCUGCAUGUCUGUAGUAAAAGUUGAAAAAGUCUGCAUUUUAUGGAAAAGGAAUUUUUACAGACUGCCACUGUGGCCUUCAGUUGCAAAAGUCUUGUGUAGAAGAAAUCCUUGAUUGUUUUGAACCUGAAGGACACUUAUUCGAAAACAUUUCUUUUUCACAAUCUGUUUGAAAAGUAUAGUAGAUAUCACCAACUUGCAAGCUGGCACUUUCUGAUAAAGAAAACAAAAAAGGGGCUUUAAUAUUUAUAAUUUAGACAUGGCCAGUAUUUCCUGGUAUUUAUGAUAUGGUCUACACCAAACAUAGUGUGCUUUAUAAAAGUCAGAGAUCCCCUGAGGAAAGUACUGUACUUUUAAGUAUUGUUCUAAAUCUUAUUUAGUUAUGUGUUAAAAGAUAAUUUCAUAUUAGCCUUUGAACUGACCAAAACAAUUUUUUCCUGAUACUCAUAUUUUGCUGAAAAUAAUAAUAAAGCAAAAAACAAAACAAACAAACAAAAACCCCCAACAAACUUCCUUUAUAAAGAGGCAUCAGUGUUGUGAACACAGAACUGGUAUAAAAGCUGCUUUUGUAUUCUGUGUGAGAUGGUGUUUACAGAUGAUUUUGACAGCAGUGGAAGUAUAUUAAAUGGUGUCUGUGUAUCUGAACUAUUUAAUUUUGUGUUAUGUUUAUAUGAAGAAAUAUUUAUACAGACUUCACCAAAUGUUUUAUUUAAUGUUGAUAAAUAUUGCUCUUCAGUCUUCAACUGUAGUGUCCUUUUAAAGUGAUUCAUAAAGGUCCGCUUGAGCAAUGAAUACAGUAUACCUAGCUUUCAUGUCACUAAAGCAAAUAUUCAUACUCAUAACAUUCAUAAUUUUUAUUGUUUUUCUGGUAUGAGUUAUAUUAAAUGUCUAUCUAAAACAAAGUUUGUAGCCUAUGCUCUAGGUCUAGUGAUGAGAAAAAAAAGUAGGCCUUGAGCUGUAGAUCAGUCACAUUUCAAGGUGGAGAAACCCAUAAUUUACUGAUCAGUUUUGUUUGCCACAUCCAACCAAAGAUUUACAGGGAGCCACCAAACUGUUUCCUAAGCUGCAUAGAAAAUUACAGAGCUUUAUUUUACAGAACUGUGUAGUAACAAAGUGCAUAUCUGCAGUACAUUUCAUUACUCAAGUUGACCUUCUAACCAAUGUUUGAACAGCUAUAGAUAUAUAUAGAUAUAUUGCCUUCUUAUUAUAUUCUGAUAAUUAGAGUAGUGCAGUGCCCUCUAAUUCACAAAGUAUGAGAGCAAGUAAGGAAGCCAGAGUUCAGUAAGAGACUCUAUUAUAUAAUGCUAUUGAUUUUACUAUGGAAAAUUAUUUUUCUACCGAAGUUAAGCUUCUUCUGAAAAGGAACUGUCACUAUUGUUUACAUGAUAGGAAGAGUUAAAACUCUUGGAUUGUUUUCGGAGAAAAAAAAUAAACAAUUUGAUGUGUGAACAGGCUUGAAAAUGUUAUUUUACAGACAUAAUACAUUAUGGAUUUAUACACAUACUAGAAAAGAUUAAUUUAGUUAUAUAUUUACUUAAAGGAAUAUGCACUAUAAAAUAUUCAAAAUUUGGCUGUGUUGCAAAUACAAUUCUAAACAAAGAGAAAUCAGAUUAAUAUUUCAUGUGUGUAUGUGUGUUUGCAUGAUAUAUAUAUAUAUAUUUACACAUAUAUAUAUAGAUGUAUGUCCAUUUGUAUAUAUGCAAACAGAUUUUAUAUACAUGCACAAAGAAAUAUAUAUGUGUAAGAAAGGUGCAAUACAAAUGGACACAAUCUGCCACGGCAUUUCUUUGCACAAAUAAAAAGGAAGUAAGGGCUCACAUCUGAUGGAGGAAAGUGGAGUCACAAACAUUAUAAAACUGUCAGUAGGAGUGCAGUCGUGUAAAACUUUCUUACAUCAACAGGUGGCCUCAUAAAUCCAGUCCUGCUCCUGUUAAUUUCAAAGGUCCAGGAUUGGACCCCAUUAGAGUAGAUUAAUGAAGUUUAAGACUACUGGGGCAUCAAGAGUAAAUUUUGCAGGGUGGGACCCAAAGGCUAUCAAAAUGGCAGACACUGUAAACCCCUGUCUGAGACACCAGCACAUACAGCAUCAUGUGGCUUUUAUAUGUGCUAGAGUUGCAUGAUUCUGACAUAUUAGAUUAUGACUCUAAGCUCAGAGGCUGUGAAAAAUAAAUGAAUAUCUGACUGAAUGGGCUAGUGGCAAGUAUAACUGCAGCAAACAAUUACAUUUUUAAUGGCAUGAUGUACCUUCUUGUCGCAGCUAUAGGGCAAAAUGUAAUUGGAGCUCUACUCAUCUCUGGCCUAAAUCUAAAGGAAUACCUUAAUGGUCUGAUUCUCAAAGGUGCUGAGCAUCUGAAGUGUCCUUUGACUUCAGUGGGAUUUGUGGGAUCUGAGUAUUCUGAAGAAUCAGAUCUUAUCAGGGAACCAGCCAUGUUGUGGAAAACUAGCAUAGCCACGCAGAUGUGCUGAAGAAGUUGCUUCCCUUCAUCUAUUAGCUUGCUAAAAUCGUCAACUUUAUUUUUUCUUUAUAAGUAACUAUUUUCCUGCUCUACUGUAAGAAGGGCCUGUGAAUACAUUUGAGCCAUUCUCAACCUCGUGCCUAUAAUAAUUGAACAUAUGAAUCCAAGCACCCUUGGCUCUCCUGUACAUAUUGCAAACAUCAAAACAAAAAAGAAAUCUAUUUGUAUCUUUCCCCUGGUUGGUAAGGUCAGUAAGUUUAAAUAGGCACACACAAUCACACCACAUACACUUAUGGAGGGCAUAGCUGUGCGAUAUAAUGCUGAGUAAUGUGAUAAAUUGCAUUUAACAUGCACCCUUGGCACCUUACCAUACAUGGACAAAUAAUCUCAUGAAGAGAGAUUGAAAAGACCAGAAGUCAGGGACUGCUUUCCUUAGAGAGGAGACAAUAAGAGGAGACAUGAUAGAAACAUACAAAAUAAUUUAACAGUAUAAAUCUGGUAAAUCAGACACUUCUGUUCUCUGUAUCUCAGAACAAGGGACACUCAAUAAAAGUGAAAGGAGACAAAUGCAAAAUUAAUAACAGGAAAUACAUUUUCAGGAAACACAUAAUUAGACUGUGGAACGCAUUGCCACAGGACACCGUUGAGGCUGAAAGCUUAGCAAGAUUUAUAUUAACAUUUACGUCUUCCCCAUGUGACACAUUCCACUUGCUUCUAGCCCUGGAAGGUCCUAAGAUUUUCAACUUGGAAGUUAUGGCUGUGUGUGUGUGUGCGCGCGCGCGUGUGUGUGUGUGUGUAGAAGAGCUAUUGUAGUAAUUUGUGGAGGUGUUUCAAAUUUUGUGUUUUUUUUUUUUAAAUGGUGAAUAUUUGAAGUUGCUCAGUGGCUGGAAUUGUUAGAAUUCGUCUUGGUAGAGAUGGAUUAGAAUAGAGUACAGCAGGUGGACCUGUGAUUACAGGAUCGGACUCCUGAGUCAUCUCGGGACCCAGGUGUAAAUCUGUGGUAGAUAUCAUCUUUGAAUCAAGGAAUCACCGGUGACAGAUGCCACAGUUAAAGAUGAAAGAUAUAUGCUCUUUAUUACAUGGCUAUCACCACCAGCAUGUAUACACACAUCUAUACAGUGCAUUAAUAUAUGUGCUGUGGCUUUAUAUAUAAAAUUAUACUGAAAAGUCAGCCAAAAAAGGAAGAUUAUUUUGAUACCUCAUGAACUGUAACCUGACAGCAGAACUAUGUUUACUUUUAUUCUUUCACUUAGCUUGAUAGAGAAGUUUCCUAGUCUUUCUGCAGAACACAGCUCUCAAAGUGGAUUCUCUUUUUCUCUGAAAAUGGGGUUUCCUGUGUGUGAUAUAGGCCCUUUGGGCUUUUCAGAAAUCUAAAGAUGGAAACCAUUUCCCAGAUUUCACCCAUUCAGGUCUUGCACCUGUUUUACAAUAGGUUUAACUUCAUUGACUCUACCAGAGGUAAUCCAGAUUUCCACCAAUGUGAGAUCAGAAUCCAGCCAUGUAUGUCUAUGAGCAGAUUCUGUCUGGGAUGAGAUAGGCGAAAUAGGAUUUGACUACAUAUGGGCUGGGCACCCGUUACAGCCCUGAUCCUACAAGCUGCUCUUUAUAACCAAAUUCCUGCACGCAUAUCGUCUCCUGACAGCUUUAAUAGGACUCAGCCAUGAGUGCAAGGGUCCAUCCAUGUGAACCAGCUUGCAGAUUCAGGGUCUAUUGGGGAGCUGUACAUCAUUGCAAUAUUAUUUGUUUUGGAUAACCAGUGUAGAGGUCAUCUCAGCUUUACUGGGUUUAUCCAUAGUCUCAACAUAAGAAAAAAAGUGUGUGUGUGGGGGGGGGAAUCUCCUGAUCUUCACACUCUGCUGUAUGAAAUUGCACUGUAAUUUCCUGGCCUCAUGGACAGAGUUAUGCACACUUUGAAAACCUUGCUUGCUUGCCUGUUUGAAGAAACAUAGGGUAUGAGUUCAGAUCAUUCAUUUUUUUCUUUAACACAAUAAAACCUAGUUUAACAGGGAUGUAUGAUUCAGGCUUCAGAGAAAGCUUAUGAAAGUGGUGAUAAAAACUAUCAGCUCAUUUGCAGUAAGGAGGCCUAACAUGCUUCUAAAUGGGUGAAGCUAUACAGUUUAUUUAACUUGGCAGAAAUCUUGGAAAAUAAACAAAUGGUAAAAGUUUUUAUAGAAGCUCAAAUCCUUCUCAUGCAUAAGGGUGAAUAAAUACAUGUAAAGCAGCGCCUAAAUAAGUUCACUAUAUGAUUGGCUUUGUAAGCCAAGCUCCUCCAUCAUUAGCUAUGCCACACAUGUAAGAGGUGGAUGUCCGGGUCAAGCCUUUUUGAUCUGGUCCUUGUUUUCAGCACAGCACUUAAUGACUGUACAAUAAUUCAUAAGAUUUUUUUCCCCAGGAAUUUCAAAUUAAGUUUUUGCUAUUUGUUCCCUCCACUAAACAGUAUUGCCUGGUGUGGGUGAAAUGAAGCUAUGUCUGUAAAUCUGUGGUAAACAUUAGUCACUUGGCUAUGUUUAACAAAAAAAAAAUACCCCAACACAACACUGCUAAACACAGAGAUUUCAAUUCAGUUUGCAAAUUAUUCAAAAUGGCACAUCUAACAUUUAUUUUACAUGUGGAUAAAAUAUCCUAAGGAUCUUCGUGCUAUCUCAGUGUAAUGGAAAUAAAAUCCAAGGGCCACAUCCUGACUCCUGGUCUGGCUGCAAACAUGUAGAUCCAGCCAUCUGAGAUAUUGCUCUGCAUGCGGGAAUAAUUGGGUGGUGUUGAGCCAUUGUGGUAAUUCCUCACACAACCUCUAAAUCUUCAGCAUAGGGAUGUCUCAGAGAAAGGGGGUGUGGCUGGUGCCACACUGGUGCAAAAUGAGACAGCCAUACGGCUGUUUUUCUUUGUGCAGAGAUCAGCCAGGGCUGUGGAGUGUAGGGUGCCCUAAAUCCUUUGUGUUUUUCCUCCUCCAAUCUCAUCCACUCUGCAUUGGUUGGACACAUCCCAGAAUAGAUGUCUAUGCAAUAAUACCUAAUGCUUUCUGCACUGCACUUUCUUAAUUUAUUACUGUAUCUUUUCAUUAUGAUUCCAUCCACUCCCCAAACACACACCACACACACUCUCACACAUACACACUCACAUUCGGAUUUACACACUAUAUUUCAAAGUGCAAGUUUCCCAGGUUACAACAUCCCAAGACUUAGUGUGCCAAAAUUAAAUCAGGACAUGACUGGAAAUCCACACAUUUGUUUACAUUAAUAGCAUUACAAUAGAAAGUUAUGCCCUCCAAUUUUUAAAAUACAUUAAAAAACUCCACUCUGCUGAUAAAUUUUUUACUGGACCUCUAAGCUACCAUAUAAAAGAUCAUGAAGUUCUGCUUGUUGCUUUGCAACUACAGUUAAAUCCUGCAGUUUCACAUCAAUGAUGCUGGUGCAGCCAGACAGAAAAAUAAAAGAACGGGUGGUCAUUUUAGCUUUUACUGCACUGGACUCCAUUCUGAAGUCCUCACUCAGGCAGAGUGCUCAUUGAAUAGAACUGACGUUUUGCCCAAAUGUAGGAUUUCAGGAUCAGGCCCAGUUUUUGCAAACUGUACAAGGACAAACUAAUGUAUAAGGACAAACUUUAGGGGGGAAGUUAUUUUAUUUCAGCAUUUCAGAGGAAAGAGUAAAAAAUGCAAAUUGAUAUGUAGUUGUAAAUGGCUUUGUCUCUUAAAUUUUUUCUAUGUGUCACCCUCGUCUUGAAGGAAACUGACAUAGAAGUGCUAGGAAUAGUGCAUCAGAAAUGUAGCCCUCUUGAGCAGGUAAUAUAAUCAUUUAUCAUCAUGUCUGAUAAAUAACCCUAAGUGGGGCUAAAGCUUCCAGUCUUGAAGACAAUGGGAUUUUGGAUAGUCCAAAAUCACUUCUGAUUCCCUAUAGAUGGUAUAAACAACUGCCACUUACUGUAGAAUUUGUUAGCCUAACCUGCUCUGAAAAUGCUGUGCCUGUGUGCAGCAUAGUCCCUCUGUCGUUCUGCCUGUAUGUGCAAGUAUAGAGCCACUAAUGUCAAUGAGGUUCCUUUUACACACACGAUCAAAGCAGUACAGCUACAUAGGGUAUUUGCCCACAGGUACUGUCAACAUCUCAUAAGGUUGGUGCACACAUAUGUUGGACACCACCUUGAAAACUGAAAUUGUAUCAUUAGAAAAGCACAUUGAAUACUCCAUAGAACUUUCAAUUUUUACAUGUUGCUAUCACACCAUUUGCAAGAGAAUUGAGAUUAUUAGAUAACUAGUCUUUUUUGUGCACCAUUUACGCAAUAUGUGAGUUGAUCUUUACAGUAUCAUAGAGAAGUUAAAUUGAAAGUUAGAUUUGCCUAUUCACACCUGUUCUCCGAAACUAUGUUUUACCAUAGAUAUUGGGACAGACCACAGAAAACAUCAAACAUAGGAAGAAAUAAAAUAUCUAUGCAAAAUUUAAAGAUUUAAAAAGCAAAAAUGUAUUUUUUUUGUAUUGGAUAGUUUGUUUGUUUUAAACCCAAAUAUACCACCAAUUAAAUUUAAUAAAAAUCAAGCCGAUUUUUAACUCAGAAAAUGUUACUGUUCUAGAAAGCUUUGGGGCUAUAGUCAAUAAAAGUUAUUAUAAGUCGUUAAGGGAAGAAUGUCACAAAAAGUGUCCUAGACUUUAGAAAUGUUUACUUUGCAUGUUUUAUUCUUAACUGAAUUUCACCUACUCAGAUGUUGGCUGUAGCCCAACUGCCUCUCUUUAUUGGCCAGUCAUAAAGCUAGGAGGCAAAAUAGGUUUUCCCUCCCCCCCCCCCAACACUUACCUGAACCUAAAAUUGCCAACUUUUGUCUAAAUCUGAAUUAGAAACAUUCUUCCAUUGCUUUUGAAGUGCUAUGACAGUUGUAUGCAUUUUGGAAUUCAGGAGGCACUUUGGUCUCAGGACUGUGGUUGUGACAUGGAAUCUUAAACCCUUUUGCUCCCAGAUAGAUAUGCGGGAUAUUCUGUUAAUAGCAAUGGAGCUAGAAUGGUGACAUUACAGGAAUUUGAUGACAUAUUCAAUGUCCCUUGAAAUGUUUUUAAAUUCUUAAAAUCUGAGACCCUUCCCUAUUAUACCUAUGACUGGUGGAUCAAAGGAGGCUCUACAGACAAUAAUCUAAACCUACAUUUGUCUGUGUAAAUAAAACUUAUUGUAAGAUUUGAAUAUUUAAAAUAAGUUUACAUCCUUCAGAUACUUUCUCUAUGGCAUGUCUGAGAAAGAUUUUGAAUUAAAUGGACACAGAAUGAUAAGGGUUAGUGCCUGUGAGAGUCUCUCAAGUAGAAUCCACAACCAAGUUUUAAAACUCAGUCUAAGACAUUAGAGAUAUAAGAAAUUAAUUUAAAUCUGCAGAAUUAAGUCCACUAUUGAAUAAGAGGAGAUGCUUCCAUAAGCAAGAAUGUCCUUUUAAAAAUGGCAUGAAGUAUUUUAAUACCUUAAGCACAUGCUUACCUUUGGGCAUGUGCAUAGUUCCCUUGCCUUCCGUAGAACUACACAUGUGCUCACAGUCAAACACAUAUUUAAACAGUUUGCUGAAUCAUGAUCAGAGUGAUUAGCACCAUUCAGAAUCAAGCCCAAAGGCUAGAUCCAAUUCCCAUUGAAGUCAGCAGGAGAGGGAUCAGGCCAUAUGUUGUUUUUGUCUGGAGUAAUUAAGCAUCCUGAUAGCUUCAUUUCAUAAAUGUGGGUCUGUAUUUUAACUGCUCGAUGAAUCCACUUGUUUGGAGAUUUCUUUAUCCAGCAGCUGUGGGUCUGAAAUAAACGGCACUAGUGGCAGAUGAAAAAUAAUUCAGGAGGCUAUGAAACUGAUACAGCCCUGUAUCUAUUGCCUAUUAGCAGUAGUAUUUGCCUAUUAACAAGCACCUUCCCUGCUCGUACAUAAAGUGUGUUGUGUAUGUACACAUACGUAGGUGUACACACACAACAUUUUAAAUAUUCGACCUGUUUGGUUUUGCUAUGAUGCUUAACUCUGCCGAAGAAUUGAUCUUGCAGUUAAAUAAAGCACUGCCUUACUGUAUGUCUAAGGUAAAUGUUAUAAGAAAAAAAAAUCCAGUUCACAUUGAACACAUUUUAAAAACAAUAACACAUAUCAGUGGAAGACUAGAGAUUAUCAAAGAUUAUUUACUGUUAUGUGCCUCAGUGGUAAUGUUUCAGAGGAACUAUGCUUCUUCUAACUAGUAAAAACAGCAACAUGGAAAGGUUGACUAUACAGGACCUGGAUAUUUUCUGAGAUACCAUUAUACAAAAGGUUCCCCUUGAAGUCAGUGAUAGUUCACUAAUCUGUGGAGAGAGGUUGGGUGCUGAAUUAAUUGUAAAAUGAUGAUGUAGCCUCCAAAGAUCAAGUGCAUUGCCAGCAAUCCACAAUUGUCCAGGGUUUUAAAUACCUCUGCUAGCAUGAAUUGUCAUUGAAUGUGCCCCAAACUGAGGAUCGGUCCCCCUGACGUGUGCUGUAAAGACUUGGCUUGCUCCUAAUUAUCACAGAAGAACAUUGCUUUCACAAGAGAUUUUUCUCCUGCCAAGUUAUUUUAACUUAUUACUAUUUUUUUAACCCCACACUGAAAUCUGAUUAGGUGGCACCUUCCCUGGUGGAACUUUUCUAGAGGAAACAUUGUAAUCUACAAACUGCAUUUACCCUGAAUAGCCUGAUAACACAGCGUAAUAAAAUAUGAUAAUUUCAUUUCUUUAGUCGCUGCUCACAGCACUGCUUGCUUGUUAAGAUAAAAAAUGAAUGAUUUGAUAUUAAACUCAUAUCUGAUUGUACUAUACAUUGUGUGCCAUGCAGUUGGUGAUGUAAGGUUAACAUAACUGCUAGGUGUUGUUUCAGCAUUUGAAAUAUAUUUCCGCUUUCUCCUUUCCUCUCUAAAGCUGAGAGCAAACAUAGAAUACAGACUGAGCAAUUAGGAAAUAUGAAACUGUUUUGUAUCAAGCAAUUUUAGAUUAGAGGCUGCAAGAGGUGAAAACAAUCUUGAAAAGUCCAUUAGAGUUAAGAGUCAAAGAUUAAAAUCUUCACCAUGUAGAUCCCUCUUUCAUACAUUUUUGGGGGAAUCUCUUUCUCCUCCCCUCCCCUUCUAGUAUCAGUAUGUAAAAGUAGCUCUGUACUGGUGUCCAUUUGCAUGCUACAACACAACUUUAUCUGCUAGAAGUUCACUUCAUGAAACUCUCGUUUCCCCAAUGAAUUCCACAGGUUGUACAGCUACUCUACCCUGGUUGAGAAUGCCAGCCAGUUCUGAAGCUGAAUCUAAACUCCCACUAACUGCAAUAGACCUCUGGAGUGCAAAUUUUUACCACUGACCCACUGAGCGAAUGCUGCCAGAAAUUUCCUUCACCACAGCUUGCAAUUGAGUAUAUGGCAGUCAAUUGUUCAGUCAGUGUUUUCCAGAUUGCAAUCAUUAAUCUGAAAUCCUGUUUAUUUUAAGUAUUGCCCUCUCCCCCUUGCUUCUCCCCCAGUCUACAUACAGCAGAGCCGUACACCUGUCAGCAGAGCAGUCUGGUGAGAAUAAAGCUAAAAAUAAACACCCUGAGUUGUAUAUCAUAUUACAAUCAUUAUCAUCCUCACUCACUCCAGAGGACAAUGUAUACAUAUUGCAAAACCUACAUUGAAAAUCAUACUCAGUUGAAUUAUAAAUUCUCACAUCGUCCAUUAUUCCCAUUAAAGUUGGAAAAUAAUGGAUAUAAGAGACUGCUCAACCCUGUUCCCUUGACAAAUUGCCACUCACUUAGCUGAAGCAUGUAUGCCUGUAUAUGUCAAAGGAGAUAUUUUUGGGUGCCUCUCUACUAUUCUGAGAGAGGCUAAAGUUAAUUCACACAGAAAUAUUAUUGUCCUUUUUUUUUUCCCCACAGCCAACUUCCAAUGACAAGUUUAAUGCUGUCACUUCUGACUAUACUAGAGUCUUCCUGUAUUUUGGACUAUUGAUUCAUCUUCCCUCACAUGUGCCAAUUUGUUCAAAUGUCUUCCUUUCUCUCUGUUUCCUCCACAAUGGCUGGUAAAUCUAUAAGCUUCAGCCCUUUACCACAGCAUAUUGAGAUUUAGACAGGAUUUGCUGUGUACAGUCUCUCUUCGAGUCAAAUUGGAUCCUUAACUUGUUGAGCUACCACACAGCUCUGUACUGUGCUCUUUAAUUUUAAUAAAAUUUAAUAAAAGUAAGCACGUGACUAAAAUACUGAGGCAUUAAAAAUUGCCCAUUCAUAUUAUUUCCCGUCAUUUAAAAGCAGUUUUAGCAAAUAUUUUUUUCUAUUAGGAGCAAAUGCUUCAAAUGGAUGGUCAUGACUAGCUAUGUAGCUUAUAAUGAGAUCUAAUACAAAACAGAUACUCUUCAAAUAUUUAUUAAUAAUGUUAUCUAAUUCAUCUUGGCUGAAUAGACUUAAAUUAACUGUUAAUACACACUCAAAACUCUCAUUAACAUCAAUAGGUGUUCAGGCAGGACCAGCUGAAUUAGUCUAUCCUUAGAGGAAGGGUAAAUAAUACUUGGAUUUUGUAUUUCCAGUUAAAAAAAAAAUGAGUCAAGUUCCCUCAAGUGUUAACCAUCAAAACCUGUUCUGUGCCCUCAGGGAAUCUCCUUUCAUUACUCCACUGCAGUAAAACAACAUACAGCAGCACAAAUUUCACUCAUACAGUAUAUGGAUGUAUAAGACUAAACAGUGAAAACACAUAUUGUAAAUGAUGUGAUGGAGUGAAAUUGUAUAUAUAUAUUUCAAGUCUUCAGAAUAGUUGAAGUUUUAACUUAUUUCAAGUUUUUAAGUUGAAAUCAAUUCAUAUUUGGAAAUUUUGUACAAGCUUGUAAAGUUAAAUACUAUGUCACCUGUAAUUUAUUUUGUUGCCAUAUAUUGACACAUGCUCAUUUAUAUAUGAAGUGUAUUGUUUAUCAAUUGCUUCUAAGGCAGCAAUAAAAACAUGAAAAUUGUUCUCA